AUGGCCUUGCAGCAGCUCAGACAUACUUCAGCAUCAAUCAAUGAGGGGAGAUUUAUCCACCUUGAGGCAAUUGAUGUUGAGGUCACUGGCACAAGGCCUUAUGCAAAGCUCCAGAUUAUACUUGAGGGUGAUUUGCAGUUUCGGUACAGGUCAGAUGUAGUUGAGGACUCGCUACUGAUGCACUGGGAUUGUGAUAUAGAAAUGACUGUGAAUUUAGGCCAGGAAUCUGUCGUUACCAUCAAGCUAUUCAUUGGCGAGCAGAAAUCGAGCCUUGACGUUGCACGAUUACUAGCUCCCAGGACCAUUGCUGCCCUUGGGACGAAAGUAACCAUGCUUGAUAGACUUGAUAAGAUAUCCAAAAUAUGUGAUCUUGUGAACCCAUAUGCAAAGUCCGCUAUGUCAGUUGUCAACACAGUUUUCGAGGUACGAGGUUAG